AUGAAUCGCGUGGAAACGAUAUUUUGGUAUUUCUGCAUCGCCGUGGUAUUCGGAGGUUUCGUUGUCCGCGCUGAAGAACACUCGAACAGUACUUUAAGGUUUAACGUUACUCGAGGAAUCACGCUCUACGUCACGAACGAAGGAGCAAGUGUUACGCUGAGAAUGUCAUCUUUGCUUAAACGUGCGUAAAUGGAGGGAAGAAGCACGGGAAGACUGAAAUUCAAGAAGGGAAUCCUGAAGAGAAUCGGAAUGGCGAUGAUGAUGGCUCCUCUCCUGAUGCAGUUAAUGAGCUUACCUGGGACCCUGGCUAGCAUCAAAAUGAGCCUCCUCCGAAGUAUCCUGAUCGGGAAGAUUGCAUUGGCUGUGAUGUUCUAUAGUGCAGUGAGGAAUUCUCAGAAAUCGGAAGUGGUAGUGGUCCAUAAACCUGAAUAUCACCAGCACUAUUACAAUCCCUAUCAUCAACCGGAAGACGAGGACGAAGACGGCUGGUGGGGCAGGCGAAUGAAACGAAGCUGCAACAGCUCCACGAAGAUGUCUCUCGUGACAACGUGUUUCAGUGUUCUGUGCGUUCUCUGUGCCAUUUCCUCCUGGAAUUUCGCAAAGGCAGAUGACACGAGCGAGGAGAACAGACCCUACGAGUUCGCGUUCAAUAUCGUCGAUUUCCAGCACAGAUACGAGAAGAAAGAUGCCGAUGGAAUAAUCACGGGAGAGUACGGAUUCAUAACUGCGGAUGGAGUGUAUCACGAGACAGGAUACGCGACAGAUAAGGACGGCGAUUUUAUCAUCACCAGGAUGACGUAUAGGAGAAUCAAAAGCUUGAAGGACGCGCAAGCGAUAUUCAAAGACAGACCGGAAGCCGCGAAGAAGCUCGCGGAGGCUGUGGCGAGGGCUUGCAGCGCGUGCAAAAUCGCAGUGAAAACAGGCAGCACCACUCAGACCACACCAACUGUCGCGACAGCUACCACUCAAAGGACACCGAGUCCUGUGCUGCAAGCGAUGCUCAAAGUUUUGAUAGAAACUAAAAAUGACGAUGCAAAGGAUUCGUCGAACGAAAGAAGAGGGAAGAGUUUACCGAACGAAGUCGUGAAAAGUAUGGUGGAUUCGGCGAAGAGAUUCGUGAAGAAGGAACAAGCUACUACGUCAAAUUCUACGAAUACGGUGUUAAACGACCAAACGUUGGAGAAGAUGGCGAACGAUCUUUAUUACAGAUUUAAUUACACGAUAACUUCUCAUGGACAUCAAGAGGACGGGUACAGGAGUGGUUCAAAGGAUGGCAGCUAUCGAGCACAGAGUGAAAAUGGUGUCGACACCCGGGUAAAGUAUCUGUCGAACGAAUUCGGUCAUCAGCCUAACAUUUCGUUCGUCCCCAACUCCGAUGCAACGAGCAACGAGAACGAGAGACUCGAGGGAUACUCGUUCCUCUGGUACUGGUCGUGA